AUGACAGGGCUGGGGAAUGGCGACUCAGGUCAGCAACGGCAACCAAACGCUGUCAGCGGGGAUGCAGCCAAAGUGGAUGAUUCUGAGGCUCAUCCCUGGCCUCAUGCCGGCGUUGUGUUGACUCGUGCCGAGUUCCUCCAGGAACACAGCAGAAGACAUCCCGAGUUCCAUAAAGACACAUCAACAACGCAGACUGCUCGUAGCGCAAAUGAUGCUUUGCAGCAGAGAGAGUGUCAGGAAUCUAUCGUAUUUCAUGUUGAGGAAAACCGAGUCUCGCAAACAGGAUCUCUACAGGGUCACAAGCAAUCGAACACAGGAGAUAGACUGUAUAAAUGUUCCAGAUGUGGUGAGACUUUCAUACAUUCAGGGCACCUCAAGAGACACCAGCAAUCACACCGAGGAAAGCGUCUGUAUAAGUGUCUGGAAUAUGGGAAGAGGUUCAAAAUGUUGGGCAGUCUGAAGAUACACCAUCGAUCCCACACAGGAGAGAAACCAUAUAAAUGUGCAGAAUGUGGAAAGAGUUUUGCAACGUCAACUUAUCUCCAGAGACACCAUCGAUUUCACACAGGAGAGAGGCCACAUGAAUGUGUUCACUGUGGAAAGAGUUUCGCAACGUCAGGUUAUCUCCAGAUACACCAUCGGUAUCACACAGGAGAGAGGCCAUAUGAAUGUGUUGAAUGUGGAAAACGUUGCACAACUUCAAGUCACCUCCAUAUACACCAACAAACACACACAGAUGAGAAGCCAUAUAAAUGUGCAGAAUGUGGAGUGAGUUUCAGAGCAUCAGGAUCGCUCAAAAUACACCAUCGAUCACACACUGGAGAGAGACCGUAUAAAUGUGCUGAGUGUGGAAAGAGUUUCAUUGCUUCCGGAUCGCUCAAAAUACACCAUCGAUCACACACUGGAGAGAGACCAUAUAAAUGUGCUGAGUGUGGAAAGAGAUUUUCAAACUCGAGUUAUCUCCAGAUACACCAUCGAUCACACACAGGAGAGAGGCCAUACAAAUGUGUACAAUGUGGAAAGAGUUUCACAACAUCAGGAGACCUCCAGAGACACCGACAAUCACACACAGGAGAGAAACCGUAUAAAUGUGCAGAAUGUGGAGAGCGUUUCACAAGGCCAGACAGCCUCCAGAGACACCAGCGGUCACACACCGGGGAGAGGCCACACAAAUGUGUUGAAUGUGGAAAGAGUUUCACAACGUCAGGAGACCUCCAGAGACACCGACAAUCACACACUGGAGAGAGACCACAUAAAUGUGCAGAAUGUGGAAAGCGUUUCACAACAUCAGGGGGUCUCCAGAGACACCAGCGAUCACACACCGGAGAGAGGCCAUAUAACUGUCCUGAAUGUGAAAAGAAUUUUACGAGGAAAGACCACUUCCAAAGUCACCGGCGGAUACACACAGGAGAGACUGUAUAAUUAUGCCGAAUGUGGGAUGAAUUGUGCGGUGUCCUAUCAGAAAAAUUUGAAAUGUUCUUUACCAGCGGAAAGCUUUCCAGGAGCCGAUACAGUUCAAAGUCCGCACGAGAAGCUGCUUUGAGAAAUGCAUAGAAUAACAAUAAUAGUUUGAUGUAUAACAGGACAGAUAUCUGUUUGAUCCAACACCAUUGACUCAGUUAAGACACCAGUGCGACAGUUUGUCCCCUUCUCUCCUGAACAUGUGCUGAGGAACCAGCGUUUCCUGAAGGUCCUCACAAACUAUUGGAGAGAGACCAUACGAAUGCGCUGAAUGUGGAAAGAGCCCAUGUCCGGCUAUCACCGAGGUGUGUGGCUGCGGGAGAGAAUAACAGAAUGGCGCGGUGAGAUAUGAGCCCUCUGAAACCAGCUGU